AAGUAAAUGAAUAGCCAUUUAAUGCGGGUAGGUAUUAAGAUACUGUAAACUUGAGAUUUAAACCAUCAUUCAACUUGGUUUCACAAGCUUGGUAUAUCUUUGUCAAUCUUUAUCAUAACCACUUUAAUGGCUAGAUUGAAAAAUAGUGAGAGGAAAAAGCUGUAGUCAACUGUUUUGGCAGCCUAAUAGAAGAUGAUUAACACUUUAACAUAAGUUUUAGAAUAUAUUUUGACAAAGAUAUGCUUUUUUGAUUCAUUUGUUCCCUAUCUACUCCACUAAGUAUCUCAAAUUAUCAAUGAAUGUUUCAACAUGUGAGAGACUAACAAUUGAAGAAUUUUGGGCUAGAGAGAGAGAGAAUGAGAAUGAGAGGUGUAAAUAGGCUGACACUUUAAAAAAUCCAUUCAGCUUUUCUGGUUGUUCAGUAUUAUAGUAUGCAAUGAAUACUUUUUGAAGAAAUUUUUUGACAUCUUAAUUCUCAUUAGUCAAUGUUCAAGAGAGUAUAAAGGAAGAAGAGACUGUUGUUGUUCUUCUUCUGUAUCUUUGCAGAGAUGGGUAGUUAUUGGGUUGCCGUUCUGCUUCUUAUCUCUCAAUUGUUUGUGCUUCCUAAUCCUUCUUCCUCAUACCCUUUGUGCACCGACGCAAGAGCACCUUUUACCACAAACACUUCUCUGGAGUUUUGUGGUUACGACGGAAAAGUAUGUUGUAACUCUGCAGACGACUCAAAGUUGGAGAAACAAUUCAAUUCUAUGAGCAUUUCUGAUCCUGCAUGUGCUUCUUUAUUGAAAUCCAUCCUUUGCUCGAGUUGUGAUCAGUUCUCUGGAGAACUAUUUAAAAUUGAAUCUGGAAUUCAGACUAUUCCCGUUCUAUGCAACUCUACUGCUGCAUCAUCUGCGUCUAAGAGUCAAGUAACUAGUUUUUGUUCAAAUGUUUGGGAUACAUGUAGUGAUGUAUCUGUGAUGAAUUCACCUUUCGCCCCGGCAUUACAAGGUAAAGCUGGUGCUCCAGUGAAUUCCACUUCUUCCAAGCUGACAGAUUUUUGGCAAUCAAAAACCGAUUUCUGCAACUCAUUUGGUGCACCACAGGGGUCUACUGGUAAUGAAUCCAUAUGUUUUGAUGGUGCACCAGUUUCAUUAAAUAAUGAUACUGAAACUCCAAAACCACCAAAAGGUUUAUGCCUGGAGAAAAUCGGGAAUGGGUCAUACCUGAAUAUGGUUGCUCAUCCCGAUGGGUCUAACCGCGCCUUCUUUUCUAACCAAGAAGGGAAAGUAUGGUUGGCAACUCUUCCUGAAGUGGAUUCUGGAGGAACAAUGGAACUCGAUGAAUCCAGUCCUUUCUUAGAUGCAACCGAUGAAGUACAUUUUGAUACCGUUUUUGGGGUGAUGGGAAUGGCAUUUCAUCCAGAUUUUGUUAGAAAUGGUCGGUUUUUUCUUUCGUAUAACUGUGAUAAGGUCAAAUCAUCAAGAUGUUCUGGAAGGUGUUCAUGUAACUCAGAUGCAAAUUGUGAUCCUUCGAAACUCAAUCCCGAUGAAGACGGGGCUCAACCAUGUCGGCACCAUACUGUUAUUGCAGAAUAUUCUGCUAAUAGUACUGGAUCAAAGGCUUCAUUGGCAAAGACUGCUAACCCUUUAGAAGUGAGACGGACUUUUACGAUGGGUCUUCCGUUUACAGGACAUCAUGCAGGGCAAAUUCUUUUUGGACCAGAGGAUGGGUAUUUAUACUACAUGAUGGGAGAUGGAGGAAGCAAAAAUGAUCCUUACAACUUUUCCCAGAACAAGAAAUCAUUGCUUGGAAAGAUUAUGAGGCUCGACGUCAACAAUAUACCAAGUGCAACUGAAAUCAAUGACCUUGGUUUAUGGGGAAACUAUUCUAUCCCGAAGGACAAUCCAUUUGCUGAUGAUAAAGACUUGCAGCCUGAAAUUUGGGCUCUAGGAGUAAGAAAUCCUUGGCGUUGUAGUUUUGACUCAGAGCGACCUUCUUACUUCCUUUGCGCUGAUGUUGGACAGGAGACAUAUGAAGAAGUUGAUUUGAUCUCUAAAGGUGGAAACUACGGAUGGCGAAUGUAUGAAGGCUAUGGACCUAAUGAACUUAUACAAUCUGCUACGAAAAAUGUGUCCAUGAGUGAUUUAAACCUUAUAUAUCCGGUAAUGGGAUAUAGUCAUUCUGAGGUAAAUGAGAAUGAAGGAUCCGCGUCAAUCAUAGGUGGUUAUUUCUAUCGAUCCAUGACUGAUCCGUGUAUGAAUGGAAGGUAUUUAUAUGGAGAUUUAUAUGCAACUGCUCUAUGGGCAGCACAAGAAUACCCUAUAAACAGUGGGAAUUUUACAACUUCAAAGAUUCCUUUCAGCUGUGCAAGUGAUUCGCCGAUCCCAUGUGCCUCACUUCCAAAAACUUCUCUCCCUAGUCUGGGUUACAUAUACUCAUUUGGUGAAGACAACAAGAAAGACAUCUAUGUGUUAACAAAUACUGGUGUACAUAGAGUAGUUCGACCUAGUCGUUGCAAUUACUCGUGCUCUAAAGAAAACACUACGCGUAUAACUAAUCCACCCAGUCCUGCCCCGUCUUCCCCUUCCUCUGCUAGCACGUUAGUGAACACCAUGAAAAAUGAGAUUGUGUUCUUAAUCUCAGCUUCGUUUUUGGUUUUCCUUGGCUUUAUCUUGUAAGAUUUUUAGCAACCACACAUGUAAGCGAGGUUGACGAGCUUCUUUUCUUGUUUUUGUUUUGAUUGCCUGAUUCAUCAUGUUUGUAUACUUUAUGGUGUAUAAAUAAGAAGAAGAGUGUAAACUACGUCCA